UAAAGUACUUCUUUAUGUAGCAAUUCGCAUUUAUAUAGAAUAUUGUUGUGUUAAAGACGAUAAUAUUUAUUACGUAAAAAUGCCAACUAUUAGUAUUAAACGUGAUUUAUUAUUCAUAGUCCUGAAUAAAACGUAUUCGGAUGAGGAGUUCCAAGAUUUGUGUUUCAAAUUUGGUCUAGAAUUGGAUGAAGUGACAACAGAGAAGCAAACAAUAAUAAAGGAACAAGGUUUAGUUGAAAAUACAGACAUGUCAGAGGAAGUUAUCUAUAAAAUUGAUAUCCCAGCAAAUAGAUAUGAUUUAUUAUGUUUAGAGGGUUUAAGUAUUGGACUUCUUAUAUUCUUAAAUAAGCUAGAUAUACCAAAAUACACAGCAAUAUCACCAAGUACUGGCCCACAAAAAAUCAUUAUGUCAGAGCAGUGUUUAAAAAUAAGAGGACAUAUUGUUGCAGCUGUUUUACGCGAUAUUAAAUUUACAAAAGAUUCCUAUAAUAGCUUCAUUGAUCUGCAAGACAAAUUACAUCAAAAUAUAGGUAGAAAGCGAAGUUUAGUAUCCAUUGGUACUCACGAUCUGGAUACCGUUAAGGGACCAUUUUUAUAUGAUGCGAAAUCACCAAGCGAUAUUUCUUUUAAACCUCUGAAUCAAGACAAGGAGUAUACAGGAGAAGCAAUUAUGAAUUUGUAUGCUAAUCAUGCACAGUUAAAACAAUAUUUACACAUCAUAAAAAACAGCCCAGUUUAUCCCGUAAUAGAGGAUAGCAAUGGGAUUAUUUUAUCUCUCCCACCAAUUAUUAACGGAGAUCAUUCAAAAAUUACACUCGAUACUAAAAAUGUAUUGAUCGAAUGUACUGCUACAGAUCUUACAAAGGCAAAGAUAGUAUUGGAUACUAUAGUUUGUGCUUUUAGUCGAUAUUGUAAAAUAAAAUACACGGUAGAGACAGUAGAAAUUGUAUAUCCUAACAAGAAAAUAUACCAUUAUCCGGAAUUUAACUAUCGUAUUGAGGAAAUUGAUUGUAAAAAAGCAAUAGAAUAUAUCGGUAUAAAACAAACACCAGAAGAAAUAGCGGAAUUACUUUCUCGAAUGUCGUUGAAAACAUUUGUUAAAAGAAAUAAUAAAUUAGACGUUGAAGUGCCUCCUACUAGACACGAUGUGAUACAUGCAUGUGAUAUUUACGAAGAUAUUGCUAUAGCGUAUGGAUAUAAUAACAUUAAAAAAACUAUUCCAUAUUUAUCUACAAUUGCAGAAGAGUUUCCACUAAACAAAUUAUCCGAUCAGCUGCGUAUAGAAUUAGCUUGUGCUGGAUUUACAGAAGCCUUAACUUUCUCAUUGUGUUCGUGCGAAGAUAUAUCGGAUAAAUUAGGUCAUAAACUAAAAAAUGUACCCGCAGUGUACAUAUCAAAUCCAAAAACAUUAGAAUUUCAGGUUGCACGUACUACUUUGUUACCAGGUUUAUUAAAAACAUUAGCUGCAAAUAAAAAAAUGCCGCUUCCUCUUAAAUUGUUUGAAGUAUCCGAUGUAAUAUUAAAGGAUAAUAUUGUAGAAGUUGGGGCACGAAAUAAUCGACGUUUGUGUGCAGUGUACUGCAAUAAAUCGGAUGGUUUUGAAACAAUACAUGGUUUACUGGAUAGGAUAUUACAAGUACUAGAAGUACCAUGGAAUUCUAACAAAAGUGAUAAUGGAUAUUACCUUCGUAAUGCCGACGAUCCGAUUUUCUUUCCUCGUCGUUGUGCGGAAAUAUUAUGUUACAGCAAGGUAAUAGGAAAAAUGGGUGUUUUGCAUCCAGAUGUGCUAUCAAAAUUUGAUCUAAAUACACCCUGUUCUGUAUUAGAAAUUGAUAUUGAACCAUUUUUAUAAAAUAUACACGAUAAAGUA